AUGGAGCAGGACAGCGUUUCACCAUUGCAGCACUUUGUUGUGGCGAAGAAGACAAUCAGUGCUGUGUUUCACCAACUGCUGGAGUUUGUUAAAGAGGGAUCCGAUUUUGUGGAAGACACGUGGAGGAGUGAAGACCUGAAUAAUGUUGCUGAGGAGGAUCAGUGUCUGCAGAUCCAGACCUGCUUCAGGAAACUCACCGUCAUCAAAGACGUGCUGGACCGCAGACAUAUGAAGGUGGCUUUCUUUGGCAGGACCAGUAAUGGAAAGAGUACAAUAAUCAAUGCCAUGCUUAGGGAACGAGUUCUGCCGAGUGGGAUCGGCCACACCACUAACUGCUUUCUGAGUGUGGAGGGCACAGAUGCAGAGCAAGCCUACCUGACCACUGAAGACUCGGAGGAGAGAAAGAGUAUUGAGACAGUCAACCAUCUGGCUCACGCUCUGCAUAUGAACAGGAACCAGGACUCAGGCUGUCUGGUCCGAGUAUUUUGGCCUAAAACCAAGUGUGUCCUGCUGAGAGAUGACCUGGUCCUUAUGGACAGUCCAGGAAUUGACGUCACAUCAGAGCUGGACAGCUGGAUCGACAAGUUCUGUUUAGAUGCCGAUGUGUUUGUGCUUGUGGCCAACUCUGAGUCUACCAUCAUGAACACUGAAAAGCACUUUUUCCACAAAGUGAAUGAGCGCAUUUCCAAACCCAACAUUUUCAUCCUGAACAAUCGCUGGGACGCGUCUGUCUUAGAGCCAGAGUAUCUGGAAGAUGUGCGAAAGCAGCACAUGGAUCGCUGCGUCAGUUUUUUAGUGGACGAGCUUAAGGUAGUGGACCUAAACAAGGCACCUGACCGCAUCUUCUUCGUCUCUGCCAAAGAAGUGCUCAGUGCCAGGAUCCACCGUGCCCAGGGAAUGCCAGAGACUGGCGGAGCUUUGGCAGAAGGAUUCCAAGAGCGACUGAUGGAGUUCCAGAGUUUUGAAAGAACAUUUGAGGAAUUUAUAUCGCAGUCUGCCGUCAAGACCAAGUUUGAGCAACACACAAUCAGAGCCUGGCAGAUUAUUGAGUCGGUCAAGGCUAUCAUGGAUGCCAUCAAUAUUUCUUCAGCAGAAAAGAAAGUUUUCUCGCUGGAAGAUCGUGAGGCUCUUAUGGACCGGCUGGAGUUUGUCCGAAAUCAGCUGAACUUCAUAACCGAGGACAUCAAGGACAAGAUCAAGGUCGUCAGUGAUGAAGUUGCUGCCAAGGUGUCCAGUGCUCUAGAAGAAGAAAUCCGUUGCCUGUCUGUUGUUGUGGAUGAAUUCUGCUCUGAAUUUAUUCCUGCCCCGAAUGCUUUAGAGCUAUACAAAACAAAGCUUGUGGCGUAUGUGGAGGAGAGAAUGGUGAAGAAUCUGGAGCUGCGCUGUUCCAGCAGUAUAAACGGCUGUGUCCUGUCCUCUCAGAGAGAUAUCAUGGACACUCUGCGUCCUCUGCUGCCCCCUGCUGCCCGCGCUCAACUACACCUGCCCAGUCGGAGGUUCACCAUGACCUAUGACCUCAACCUCAACAGCCUCAGUGCAGAUUUCACAGAGGACAUUGACUUUCACUUCUCGCUGGGUCUUACAUCCCUGGUGAACCGCUUCCUGGGGCCUGCGAAUGCAAAACAAGCGCUGAGCCUAUUGGAGCAGAAUUUAAAACUCACUUCUUCCUCUGCUCACACGGGGUCCCGGGGCCAUGAGGAUCUGGCUCUCUCCAUGGCAUCAGGAUUGCUUUCUCUCACUUCCAGAGCUUCAUUGGGUAUGGUAGUCACUGCUGGAGUGGUGUGGCGUGCUGUGGGAUGGAGGGUUAUUGUACUCUCUGUGAGUCUCUACAGUUUCCUCUACUUGUAUGAAAGACUGACGUGGACCAACAGCUCUAAAGAGAGGGCUCUGAAGCAGCAGUAUGUGGACUACACCACUCAAAGACUGCAGGCCGUCUCACACAUCAUCAGUGGAGACUCUGGUCAGCAGGUGCAACAGGAGAUGGUGGCCGUCUUUGCCCGCAUGUGCCAACAGGUCGACAAGAGCGAGAUGGAGCUUGAAACGGAGAUCCGCAGACUGAGUGCCAGGAUUCAGCGCCUGGAGAGUGUCCAGAGACGCUCCAAAACCCUCAGACACAAAGCCACUGAUCUGGAGUCUCAAUUGGAGCGUUUUUCAGCACAGUACCUGCAGAUUGACCAUUAGAGAAGAAAGAAGCCCUGCAGAAACUGGAGCGAGACUGUCCUUUAGUGUUCAAAGCUGGAACAACACCACAUGAAAACAAAAAAAUACAUCGAAUUCAAACGAUUUCACUUCACAGCCUCAUGAAUCUGUAUUUUUCACUGAUUGAAAAACAAAGACAAAUUGUAAUAACUGUCUUCUUUUAAAAUGCAGACAAGCUCCUUGAUGAAAAACCUUUAUUUAUUAUGAGAACAAACAGUAACAGAUGUCACUGCGACUGUAGAAAUAC